AUGUCGGAUGCGAAAUAUUUUCAGACCACUAAGAGAGGGGAGAUACAUGAACUCAAGGAAGAACUGCACACAAAUGAUAAGUCAAAGCAGAAAGAAGCUGUAAAGAAGGUGAUUGCUGCAAUGACUGUUGGAAAAGACGUCUCCAUGCUGUUUCCCGAUGUUUGUAACUGUAUGCAAACCCCAAAUGUGGAGCUGAAGAAACUAGUUUACUUGUAUCUCAUCAACUAUGCGAAGGCUCAGCCAGAUCUAGCCAUCUUGGCGGUCAACACUUUUGUAAAGGAUGCAUCAGAUAGCAAUCCAUUGAUAAGAGCUUUGGCAGUACGAACUAUGGGGUGCAUUCGCGUCGAACAAAUCACUGAGUACCUCACAAAUCCUCUCUUAAAGACGCUUAAAGACGAGGAUCCAUACGUGAGAAAGACAGCUGCAAUGUGCGUUGCGAAGCUUUAUGACAUCAAUCCUGAUUUGGUAAAGGAGCAAGGCUUUCUCGACCUUCUCAUUGGCUUGAUCUCAGAUCCUAAUCCAACUGUAGUGGCCAAUGCUGUUGCAAGUUUAACUGAGAUUGCAGAAGCAAGCGGUAUGAGCGACAUCUUCACUUUUGCGCCAGAGGCUUUGAUGAAAUUGUUGAGCGCUUUGAACGAAUGCACUGAGUGGGGUCAAGUGUACAUUCUGGAUGCCAUCUCGACUUACCGUCCGUCAGACGCGAAGGAAGCAGAGAGCAUUAUUGAACGGGUCAUACCAAGGCUUCAGCACGCCAAUGCAGCAGUUGUUCUAUCAGCAGUCAAAGUCGUUUUGGGUUGCUUGCAAUUGUGUACCAAUGCUGAAUCAGUUAAGACUUACAUCAAAAAACUCUCCCCUCCUCUUGUCACUCUGCUGGCAUCUGAGCCCGAAAUUCAGUAUGUUGCUUUGCGAAACAUUCAGCUGAUCUGCUCAAGAAGGCCCAACAUACUUGCAAACGAUAUCAAGGUUUUUUUCUGCAAGUACAAUGAUCCCACCUACGUUAAGGUUGAGAAGGUGGAUGUGAUGGUCAUGUUGGCAAACGAAAGAACAGUCGAGCAAGUUCUUUUGGAACUUAAAGAAUAUGCAUUUGCUGAGGUGGAUGUAGAUUUUGUUAGGAAGGCAGUUCGUGCGAUUGGAAAAUGUGCUUUGAAGAUCGAAAGAUGUGCAGAGCGAUGUGUAGCUAUCUUGCUGGAUUUGAUACAAACUAAGGUCUCCUACGUGGUUCAAGAAAGCAUUGUUGUCAUUAAGGAUAUAUUUCGGAAGUAUCCUAAUCAGUAUGAGAGCGUUAUAGGGACACUGUGUGAGAAUCUUGAAAGCCUGGAACACCCUGAGGCCAAAGGGGCCUUGAUAUGGAUCAUCGGUCAAUAUGCUGAGCGGAUUGAGAAUGCAAAGGAGUUGUUGGAGGCUUUCAUCGAGGAAUUUGCAGAUCUGGAUGUUGAUGUGCAGCUUCAGCUUCUAACUGCUACUGUGAAGCUGUUCCUCAAGCGACCUUCCAACACGCAAGGGACGGUGAAAGAAAUUUUGCAACUAGCGACGACCAAAAGCAACAAUCCUGACCUUCGAGAUCGCGGGUACAUUUACUGGAGAUUGCUUAGUACAGACCCGGAGAAGGCAAAGAUCAUAGUCCUGGCAGAACAUUCCACGGUGCAAUACGAUCCGCAAAAAGUUGACAACCAGCUUCUAGAUCUGCUUCUCCACCAGAUAAGUAGCUUGGCUUCCGUAUAUCACAAGCCCACUUCGAGCUUUCUAGUUAACACGGGACGACAAGCUCAACCUACCCAACAGUCCACUAAUACAUCUGGAGCGGUGAUGGACGUGAUGGACUUGCUAGGAGGAGAUCUUUCUUCCAGCGCGCCGUCACAGCCUAAAGCCCAGCAGCCAGUUGUCAACGAUUUGCUGGACCUGAUGAGCGACCUUUCAUUCCAACCCACAAGCACACCCUCGGUCGACAUGGUCGGUUCUCAUUCUCUUCCCGCCAAGAUGAACUCUCUCCUUACUGCCGACAAGGGAGGAGGAAUGGCUGUAGAUGGCAUUCUCGUGCGAUCUGGUGGCAAAAUCUCGUAUGAGCUUCAGUUUAAGAAUAUUUCUGCUGCUGGUCCGCUGAGCGGUUUUGCCAUUCAAUUCAACAAGAAUUUUUUUGGUUUGACGAAUGCGGUUGCACUCCAGGUUCCAACCCUCACCGUUGGUCAAAGUCAGACAGUUUCGCUUGCGAUGACUUGCAAGGAGGACAAGACCUCUCCAGCCACUCCUUCAUUGGGCCUGCAGGUUGCCAUCAAGAACGCAACUGGAAUUUAUUAUUUCAAGGAUACCAUCCCUCUCGAAGUGAUCCUGUCUGAGAAUGGAAGGAUUAAUGGGCCGGAGUACCCGCAAUUGUGGCAGUCGAUUCCAGCUGCAAAUCAGGUACAUACCAGCUUGAUGAAUCCCAGGAGUUUGUUUGUUGACAUUGGAUUAGGCGGUCUCGGGCUUGAGUGGUUUUCCUUUGGACAGUUCUUUCAUCGAGGUUUCUCGCAUCCUCCCGUCCCUCCCUUCACCACUUUCGCCUUCUUUCGCAAACCAGUUUCCUCAUUCUUAUACCUGAUUCUGAACCCUGGCACGACAGAGUAA